AUGCUGGCCGCAAUCAAAACCGUUGAGACAGGGACAAGGGAGGAGGUUUUGCAACAUUUGUCUCAGCCAAACCUAAUUGAACACGAUCCCGACAACAAUACUCUCCUGCAUUAUGCUUGUCUGGCUGGAAAUUUGAGUGCCGUAAAUGUUUUGAUCGAAGCAGGAUUUUACGUCAACGCCAAUAAUGUCGACGGUCAUACCCCGAUUUGUGAUGCUGCGGCGAAUGGCUCAGUUGAGAUAAUUCGAGCUCUAAUUCGUGGCGGUGCAAACGUUAAUCCACUAGCGUAUUGGGGCUCCCCACUUAUGAAUGCAGUUAAGAAUGGACACUACGAUGCAAUGGUUGUCUUAGUUGAUGCUGGUGCUGACGUUAACGCCUGUGAUCGUAAAGGUUUCUGUCCGAUACACGUUUCAGUUAAAAACCGGUUUUACCCAGCUGUUGAAUAUCUUUUAAUGGCCGGUGCUGACCCUAAUAAACGCGUUCGUCUCACAACUGCUCUACACAUCGCUGCAGAACUUCGCGACUUGAAAAUGGUUCGACUUCUGCUACACUACGGUGCUUUUGCCUCGCCGACCGACUUCAGGGGACGCCGACCAAUCGAUUUUGUUGAAAAGGAUUCUUCCAUCUACAAACUUAUCUCUGCUUACACUGGUUGGGUGCCCUCACUACAAUUUCUCUCACGUCUGGCUAUCAAACGGCAAAUUCCCUCUCUCCUUCCUAUCUAUCUAUCCCGUCUCGAUCUACCCAGCAUUUUGUAUGACUAUCUGACUUUCAAAUUUUAA